UUUUUUAUUAAAGGUUAAAAAAAUGGACUUAAAAAAGAGCCAAGAUCUAUAUCUUGACAAAUCUUUAAGAAAUUGGGUUCUUUUUUCUAUAUUUAUUGUUAUGAUCUUAACAGGAAUUAUGAAACAUUAUAUUAGUAUUUUAUUAUUAGAAACACCUAGGAAAAUGACGGUUAAAGAGAUAAGAGAGAUAAGGGCAUUACAACGGUCAGAGAUUUUGAGAGUUAAUUGUAAUCAUAUACCAUUUGCAGCGUUUUAUGCUCGAAAAACAUUUUUAAUUAAAGCAUUUUCUAAUGGGGAAUAUCUAGAAAAUCCGGAGCUUAGAGGGUCUCAACUUAUGAAUCCUAUGAUAAAUCUAAAAAACAUGGAUCAAAUGAUGAGAAUUUUUAAAAGUAAUAUGGCUAAUAUUAUUCCUCAAACAAUUAUUAUGGCAUGGAUUAAUUUUUUUUUUAAUGGAUUUAUAUUAAUAAAACUUCCGUUUCCUCUUACAUUGAGAUUUAAAUCAAUGUUGCAGUCAGGUGUUGCUACAGAUGAUCUUGAUGUUUCAUGGGUUUCAUCACUGUCAUGGUAUUUUCUUAAUUUUUUUGGAUUGAAACCAAUCUAUGAUCUUAUAUUGGGAGACGGAAAUUUUGCAAGUGGGGGAGAAACAACAGGAAUAGAAAUGGCAAUACCAGGCAUGAUUGAAUCGAAUUCUAAUAUGUCAGAUCUUCAAUCAUAUAUUCCUUCAGGAACUGAUCCCGAUAAAUUAUUUUCAAUAGAAAUUGAGAAUUUAGAACUUGUUAUGCAUAAAUGGAUUUUAGAAGAUGUAGAAGAUAGAAUACUUGAAAAGUAUCAAAACAUGGAGAUAUAUUCAUGAAUAUUACAAGAUUAUAUAUAAAUACCAAUUUUUCUAUUUCUACCUAUAUUACCUUAUGUUUUGUUUUUCUGGCUUCUUCUCUAACAUCUCUAUUUGAUAUCAGAAUAAUGCAUAAAUGAUAUCCAAUUAAUACUUUUUAGGAUCAUCUAAUACCAUUGUAAGUUUACGAAUAAUUUUAUUUUUAAAAGGAUAUAUGGAUUCAGUUUUUAAAACUGUUGGGAACAAUCCUAAACAUUGAAGCGCUGUAAUCUGAAUAUUCUAGAAAAAUAAGUACAUCAAUAAAUAUAUUGGUUUCAAUUCACCGUGGAAUUGUCUUUUUUGGUAAUAAAUGUUAGAAGAAAAGGAAUAAUAGAUGCAAGAUGUUCUACCACCAAAUCUGGAGAUUCUAAUGUUAUAGUAUAAAGAGUAUUAAUAUUAGAUGCUUUUAAUUUGCAAUUGUCAAGAGAAAAACAUUGAAGAAGUAUAGGAAAAAUAGAAACUAAUUCUGGAAAAAUAACUUGUUUUGGAAUAUAUUGAAUGACAUAGGAAAAGAUAACUAAAUAAUUAGACUUAAGAUCUAUUUAUCAAUUAAUGGUAUUAUUUAAAUGUUUGAGGACUUUCCUGGAGCUAUAGAAUUUAUUAUUUUAAUUAAUUUGGGU